CGCUUGCUGCUCGAUUCUGCCAUGGUAUGUCCUCUUUGGGCUUUCCUGCUGCCGAUCACUGCUUGGCCCUACAUCCGGCAAUAUGCCACUGACGCCUAGAGGAUCCAUGAGCUCUUGACGUCGCCCUACUGGUCAACUGCGCGUAAGGCGUGAAGUACUCUCACGGGGCGCGCGCGACAACUUUGUAUGAGGCAAAUGCAGAUGGGAACGACAACAGGAUCUCGCAUUACGUUUUUCUAGAUGCCACUGCGGAUGUGAUCGCCGAAGCUGAAGCUUAGAUGGCGCGAAGGAACCGAAGAUCACGAGGAAUGAUGGUGGCAUUGACAGCAGCCUGCGUCAUGGCGUCGUUGACGGAAUGUUUGUCACGCGCGGUAGCCUCGCACUGGCCAAGAUGGGCACGAUCUUGCGUUUCUCGCUCGCACAAGCAGCAGCAGCGUUCCUUGCAGACUUGGCAAAGCAUGUAGUCACAGCCAUCGAUUGUGUCGGUGGCGACAUUGCAGCCGGGACAGCGCUUGAUGGCCGCAUUGGCCGUGGCCUCUGCGAUCAAAUUGAUGCCAACAUGACGAUUGGCUGCUUUGUCGCACGUGAGAGGGCUAUGAGCGUUCAUUUUGCAUGUACGGCAGCUGGUGCGACGACAGUCGGGUCGCAAACACUCAAAGUGCUUCUCGUCCGGAUUUUCGAUCACCAUAGCUGCGCGUUACCAUCAGUAGUGCGUAACUCCAGCGGCCAUUCGCUCGCCGGAUUGACAGAAAAGGCUGUGACUGAGUUCGGCAAGGCCUCGCAGCGCUGGAUCUGUGGCGAUACGGUCGAGCAGCUCCAUAGCCCUUGCCGAUGGGGCCUCUGCAAUUUGAGCAUGGGUGAAGCUGCCCUGGCAUUGGCCUCGAAGCACACGCAGCUGACAUUCAUUUCCUCCGAUACCAGCUUCAGUGGCUUAGCGCACACAAUCACGGCGGAAGAGAUGGAUGCCCUCUGAGCACGUCAGCAUCAUCGAGAGGCCCGUUUCGUUGAAAAAGUCAGCAAGGCUCUGUGGCGCACAGUACGAAUGGCUUGCCGCUCGUCACAGCAGAUGGAACACUCCACCCCUUUGCCAUCAGCAAACUCUCCGAUCUCACGCUUGAGUUCGCGACGCCGACGUUUCUCUGUCUUGCGCUCGAGAGCAAUCCUG